AAACUGGGGCCAAAGCUAAAACAAUCGAUGUUGCUCUUGCACAAACCGUUCCUCUGCACCUGUGGCUGAGAGAGAGCUAAAUGCUCGGCAGAGAAAGGGACUUGCCCCGGGCGAAGGCAAAGAGCCAUUUACGGGUAUCGAUGGAACAUUGAAGAUCUCUAUUUCUAACGAAUGGCUACUUGCUACAGCCUGCAGGGCAGGGUUAUUUUCUAUGUUCAGCACCAGUUAGACCGUGGUAGACCAGACUGGUCGAUGACACUCCGACGGCUGACAAAUCCGGAGGGGUGCACGAUAGCUACCGGUUCGUGGACGGAAGCUCUGGACUUGUCCUAGGCACGCUGAAAUGGCUGCUUGGACGAUUUUAGGCUGUGUCGGCAUCGCCCACUUACUCUGGCUAUCUACGCUGCUGGAGAGUAGUGUUAUCACAUCACCAACUGAAGCACCUUCCCCAAGUACCCUACAACCAGCAUCACCCAGUGCAAAUGAAGCCUUGCAACCGACAUCAACCACCAGCAAUAUCGCAACACCUCCAGAAGAAGAUCCAUGCAAGAUGCCGGCAGAUUGGCUGAAGGGAUAUCCCCUUGGUGCAAGGACCCUAUGCUACGCUGCCCUGUUUCCGCUAUGGUGGGAGGAUGUGACCUCCAUCAGUCCUCUUCCCAUAGUUCCAGACUAUUGCGAAGCAAGACUUCUCAGCUCGAUGAACUAUAGCAUGAAUGUGAAGUAUAGCGUGGACAGGAUAGGAUUCCAUGUCUUCAUCAACCCGGAACUGCCACCAGCAGCUGUGUCACAGUUCAACGAUGCUAUAUACCAGGUGAUCAUUAACGGAGGUCUACCCAACACCGCGGCCGUGUGUGCUCUGGUGCGCGGUGCGGAUAUCCUGAAUCCAGUCACGCUGCUCACGACAAGCUACCUACAGACGGACUUCAUGGGACAGUACGUUGGAAAGAUACGGAUUAUCAACCUUCCCAUAACGAAGUCACAGCUCGACCGCCGGACACUGGUCAACUACACCAUACCCAUCGUUCCAGCCGAUAUCUUUGCCAAGUACUGUCGAAUAUUCAAGUGCGCAUGGACACCUUGUCCGUGUUUGUCCGUUGAAAUCCCCACCGAUAGUAUCGAUAUGACGAUGGAUGAGAACGGAACUAUUCGGAUCACGUGGGCAGUGCGCCCGGGUGCGGUGGACAAUAUCUACCUCGUUAUCGAGACAGUAAUGGAAAAACUAUUGUGGAAUGCUCGAAUGCCGGGUAGUGCUCGAGAGAUUACUCUCAACAAAACCAUACUGCCAAUGAACAGCUCUAUAUCUGUGGAGAUGUGGACGGAUUUCACGACAGCUCGUGGAAAGUCAUCACGGGCAGCGAACCCGGCGGAGAGAGAUUUCAUCAUUGAUGAGCUAGUGUGGAGCGGCUGGGAAGCGGUGCGUAUGGAAGAGGACAGCUCUCUGAAUGUCACAGUGAACGGAGCUCAGCAAAUACAAAGGCGCACAUGUACGGUGCAGCCUUAUGUCAGCCUAGCAACUAAAUCGUAUUUGAAGUGCCUGCGGGACGCCGAAGAAAGGAAAGUCGCUUGUCCAUCCAGCUUGUGCAUACCAGUGAACGGCAGCUGGAGCAACUUCUCGGCGUGGACAGAGUGCAAACAGAAUGCUACAGCGGGGGACAAUUGCACAGUCGGGUACCAGAGGAGAUGGCGCAGCUGUAACACUCCUGCGCCGCAGUUCGGUGGAGACGACUGCCGCGGUGCAGCUGAGGAAAACACCACGUGUACCCUGCCCAGCGCCAACUGUCAAGGAGACGCACUACUCGCAACACCACCACCACCACCACCAGCAGCAGCAGCAGCGGCGGCACCAGCUGUGACCUCAGAAGAGGUUGUUCUUCUCUCCGUGUGCCUAGGGCUGACAGUACUCUUGGUGCUGGUGCUGGCGUGGCUUACACGCUGCUAUCGCCGAGCGAAGAGACCGUACAGAGAACGGCUGACGCAGACGCUCAGCCCCGACGACAUGGACCAAGUAUACGUUUCACACUACCGGCCAACUCUGGACACGUAUCUCCAGCAGGUACGCUCACUCACUCUUGACAGGCGUAAGCGGCAGCUCUUGAAGCUCGUGGACGCCAUGUCAGAGCAAGGAGCCAUCGACCCGGUGCUCGACAUCUACGCAAUCAACAACAUUCAGCAGAAGCAGCUCUUGAUUGAGAAGUACUUUGCGGCGGCCUGCAGAACGAAGACGUGGAUAGUAGUGUGUGACGAGCGCAUGUGCAAGGCAUUCACCGACCCGCAUCCAAGUACGGUAACUUGGCCAGAGAAGCUAACUACUCGCGAAAUCCAGUUCAUCAAGAGCAGCGACUUUAUCAAUGUUCUUGGCGUGAUUCCCAGUUAUGUCGAUCACGCAGUGCCACAGGAAUGCUGUGUGCCAAACUGGUUCACAGAGCGCCAUGUACCGAUCACGGACUUAAGAGGUAACGGCAACGUACGGGACUUGCUUUUGGCAAUAAAUCGCUAUUGGGGCUUAGGCAUAAUGGAUCACGUCGGCAGAAAUGCGGAAGAAGAGACGAUGCCGUGAUGCACUUGGCAAGGGUCACGCAUGUGAUGCGUUGACACCCAGUGCAAACAUAGUAAAUCACUCGCGCAAUGAGCAUUGCAUCAUAAGAAUGACGUCAGCUUGAAAUCUGUCUGGACAGCAGGAUAUGCGAGAGUUGCACACUCUGGGGG